AUGAACAUGCUGCUCGCCCUCGAUACCAUUCCCCGUCUGCACAACAUCCUCGCAUCCGCCUUCACGUGGAUCCUACUCGCAGGAUACGUGAUUUUCCCAGGCACCUUCACCUCCCUCCAGAACAGCGACGUCAUCAACGACUCCAAGAGUAAGAGCGAGGCUGAAUCGACAGGUAAAGAAGUGCUGCGGCACGUGGCUUUCCUGCCAUUACUAUGGGUCGCGGCGGUAUGUUGCAUAAUCGGAGCUAGUGGGAUGUGUUGGCUGUGGUGGAGGUGGAGCGAGAAUUAUGUGUGGUUGCUAAAUCGGAUAUUUUUACCCGGCUGCCUCAACAGCCUCGCCGGCCUCGUCAACACGCUAGUAAGUGUGUAUACGGCGCAGAAUCGGCAGUGGAGCAUCACAGCGAAAGUCACUGUCUGCGUUACUGGAUCGUGCACGUUGGUCACGGGGCUGCUGUUUGUGGUGUAUAACAACCUCGUACUUUCAAAGGUUAAGCGGAAGCACGAGCGUGAGAUGCAGUUGAAUGGGACGGAGGACGAGCACGAGGAUAUUCUGCACAAGAUCAAUCGGAAGGCGCGUGAGCCGGCAUUGGAGCCGAGUAGUGUGGUGUAG